GCCAGUCUCAGCCAAAACUGCUUUGAGCGCUUGUCAAAAGCCGGUCGCUUUUGAGUGUCGAAUAUGUCCUAGCACAUUGUCGUGUUGUAUCACAUUGCAGUUAAGUCACAUUUAUUUUAUUUUCAUUAACGAAAUUCAACUUGGAAUUGGCGGUGUUUGUUAUCGAUCAGUUAUUGAUCGAACCCUCCGCCCUGCACAUCUCAUUGAACGGACGCUGGACUAUUCGUCUCUACAGAUGUUUCAACUCUAAUAAUGCAAGAUGCAUGCUGAUGCUCGAGAGAGGUUGCUUGACUCCGCAUUACUCAUCAUUUUAAACUAAUCCACCUACUAAAAAUAAUCGCAAACAGCCGAGAAUCGUUUGUAUUCUGGGGUGAAAAAUGACUGAAUAUAAGCUUGUGGUCGUGGGGGCUGGAGGCGUUGGGAAGAGCGCACUUACCAUCCAGCUCAUCCAGAACCACUUUGUGGAUGAAUACGACCCAACCAUAGAGGACUCCUACAGGAAGCAGGUGGUGAUCGAUGGAGAGACGUGUCUACUGGACAUCUUGGACACUGCAGGUCAGGAGGAGUACAGCGCUAUGAGAGACCAGUACAUGAGGACGGGAGAGGGCUUCCUCUGCGUCUUUGCCAUCAAUAAUACCAAGUCCUUCGAGGACAUUCAUCACUACAGAGAGCAAAUAAAGAGAGUCAAGGAUUCCGAAGAUGUCCCAAUGGUCCUUGUGGGGAACAAGUGUGAUCUUCCGUCCCGCACUGUGGACACCAAGCAGGCUCAGGAUUUAGCACGUAGCUACGGCAUUCCAUUUAUAGAGACCUCAGCAAAGACGAGACAGGGCGUGGAUGACGCGUUCUACACGUUAGUCAGAGAAAUCCGGAAACACAAGGAGAAGAUGAGCAAGGAGGGCAAGAAAAAGAAAAAGAAGUCCAAGACAAAAUGUGUACUAAUGUGAAUGAACCUCUCCUGUCAUGGACUCAAAGUUCCACAGCUGCAUUUUGUACAUUACACUAAAUUAUUAGCCUCCUCAGAGUACAGAAUGAAUCCCCCAUUUUAUCCGCUAAAAGAAAUAAGCUGUUUCUCGUUCAGUGCCAGCUGCCCCAGAAAUAUUGGUCGUUUGAGACAUUUUAAGUGGCCUGUUUUAUCGGGUGGUGGUUCUGCUUUGCUAGUUGGUCGACCUUGAAUAGUUUUAGAAGAUAUUUGAAGAAAAGUGAACAGUAUGUGAUGCAAAUCAAGAUGCGCUCUUUAAAACUAGCCUGUUAAAGGGAUAGUUCACCUAAAAAUGAAUGAUGUAUGACUAUCUUUUUGACGUUUCUCAGUAUCUUCGUCAACUUCAAAUAUUUGUUUUUAACGACAGAAUAUCUUUUUUGGGUGUACUAUCCCUUUAAGAUAAAAUGUCAUGUGGUUUUACAAGGAACCGAAACCUGAAACCUAAGGACCAACACUUUUCGGGGUAAUUUUUAAAAUAUUUACCACUGUGUAUGACCAUGCCUUCGGAUGUUACUCAAAAAUCCAGAAGUGAUCUGCAUGUAAACUUUUAUUGUAGUGAGAUUAUUACAGCCCCAGUCUAAAGCCAUGGUAAUGUAUAUAUGGUGAUAUCUAAACCUUGUUAAUCUUUGUUUCCCUGUUUGCAUGCGGUGUUCUGUUCUUGAAACUUCCAGAGAAUGGUUCAACAAUGUUUAAUACUGUAUAAAAGGCGCUGUUGACCGUUUCGAGUGGGUUUUCCCAGCUCAGAUGCGGUUGUGUCUUUACAGCCAAUGUGACCGAUGUCAUGUUGGUUGUUUUUUAUUUUUUUUAACCGAAUGCUCUGGAUGAGUGACAACUUCCACUAUGAGCUUCAAUAUUUUUUCAGUCUGGUGUAAGGGAUGUUGUACAUUGAGGUCGGAAAAAAUGAUGGGGAAAUAAACACUGACAGGGUGAUCGGCGCACGGUUAUUUUAUUGUGUGCGGGGAACGAUACUAGUAUGAAGUUAGAAUGUUGGCCUUUCUUAGAAGUCAAUGUACUGUUUUGACCAAUCAGAAACAAGUAUUUUUCUCUGAUGAUCUACACUAGUGAAAGCCGCAUAGGUUCAGAUUUACUCUCUUGCCCAGCCAAACAGCGCCUUAGAUGUUCGAUUAUGUUGAAAUUUCCUUAGAAGAGUAGUUUUUGAAUGGUGAUUAUAACCUACCAUUAGUUAUUGUGAUGCAAAUGUAUGUAAAAGAAAAAACAAAUGCCUUGUUUGCUAAUGCUGCCAUGAAGAUGCUUUCUAAAGUCCCAAUUCAUGUCAACUUGAAGCAUAAAUUCUUGUACUCUGAUAGGUUCCCAAGAUGCAGUCUCGAAAUAUUAGUUUACUGUGGUAAAACUUGACUGUAAAGAAAGCAAAUUUCAGCCAUCACUCAAACCAAAGAGAGUGAUAUAAAGAUUCAUUUUGUGUGGCAAUACUGGUGAUGUCAUGAAAUGAUGUCAUUUAUAGGAGAUAUUGUAAAAGCAGAUGGUUGCUUUCACACUUUUGGUAAACUGUUGUAGCAUGCGUCCUUAACCAUUACUAGUUUUACUUUUCUGAUAAAUGUUAACACGAUUUGACUAUUACUAAUACUGAAUUUAAAUGAGAUAUUUGAAAGGAAAGUGAAUCGGGAUGGUGCACUCUUAUGCAAAGUAUUUUCAAGCGAUUUCUGUUCCCUUUAAAUCAAGUUAAUAGCAGACUGUAAUGCAAGCAACAAGGUUUUUUGAUAUUUUUGGAAUGGUUUCUACAUCAUCCUCUCUCUCUCUCUCCAUGUGCCAAUUGCAAAUGUUGCUAAAAUGGUUCACAUGUAUAAAUAUGGACCUUGUUUUAACAACCUUUGUACGGUUGUGAUAAGGAAGAUGAAUAUUUUGUAAAUUGUGCUUUCAUUUUCAUUUAAUGAAUGACGCUUACUUGUAAUUAAGGGUCGUGUGUUAACGUCUCAGAGAAAGUGCUGAUCAUGGAUCAACUUUCGCCUCUUUCUGGUGAAUAUACGAUUACAAUGAGGGAAGCUGUUCUCAGAUCAGCACAGUUUUAUAAAUGCAGCGCAAACCUGUUUUUUCCCCAUUAAUCUCACCACUUUUAUUUAAUGUGUAAUUAAAAAAAUAUAAAAACUA